GCGGGACAUCCGUCAGCCAGCUAAUACCAUGGCGAAGACUUACGAUUACUUGUUUAAACUACUUUUAAUCGGCGAUUCAGGCGUCGGGAAGACCUGUGUGUUAUUCAGAUUUUCAGAGGACGCCUUCAACUCGACAUUUAUCUCCACUAUAGGUAUUGACUUUAAAAUCAGAACAAUAGAACUGGAUGGAAAGAAGAUCAAACUACAAAUAUGGGAUACAGCAGGACAAGAGCGAUUCAGAACAAUCACAACUGCCUAUUACAGGGGAGCCAUGGGCAUAAUGUUAGUAUAUGACAUUACCAACGAGAAGUCCUUUGACAACAUAAAGAACUGGAUACGCAAUAUAGAAGAGCAUGCCUCAGCAGAUGUGGAAAGGAUGGUGCUGGGAAACAAAUGUGACGUCAAUGACAAGCGGCAGGUUUCCAAAGAAAGAGGAGAGAAGCUGGCGUUGGAGUACGGUAUUAAGUUUAUGGAGACAAGUGCAAAAUCAAACAUCAACGUGGAGAAUGCCUUCUUGACCCUCGCAAGGGAUAUCAAAGCCAAAAUGGACAAGAAACUGGAGGGCAACAACCCGCAGGGCAACAGUCCUGGAGUUAAGAUCACAGAACAACCUAAGAAGAGCAGUUUCUUCCGCUGCAUGCUGCUGUGAGGAGACAGAGGACUGUCAACAUCCACCAUCGCCUUAACGGUGUCCCCCACUGGACAGAACUGGACAGGACACACUCUGAGCUUUUAUUCUUUGACAUUUCUUCUUUCCUCUCAGUCCUUCAUUUGUCUGUUUAAAAAAAAAAAAAGUUUAUCCCUGGAUUUGUCUUCCCAUCACACUUAAUUUAAGUAUUGUGUUCUCUGUUUUUGGGAUGAAUAAAAAAAAAAAGUUUUUUAUUAAAUUUUUUUUAAUAUAAAUAUAUAGCUGACAGCUUCAAAUUGAUCACUGAGCUUUUAGCGAUUUUAAGGACUAUUGCUAACUGUCCUAAAUUUGUAUUGGGCUACAGACACAAUGUCUGUUGCAUAUGUAAUUGUUUCACCUGUUGCCAGUGGCACUAUUGUUUCAGUGUACGUAGUCGUUACCAGAAAUGACUUCCUCAGCAAUCUCACUGUUCUUAUGGGCUUCCUGAUUUCAAAUAUACUGUCUCUUAAAUGUGUACAGCUAAUAUCAAGGUGGGCUGAACAUGUAUUGCCUUAUCUGCAGUUCUUCCUGGUUUUUGGAAUUCUUAUGAUGUAUGCAUGUACUGAUCGUGUGGCCUAGAUGUUCAUAUAUCUACGUGAUUAUUGCAACAUGUAAAUGCCAUUAAUUCAGAUGACACAUUUUGUACCUCACAAUAUCUGGAUCUACAUUAGCUACAUUUUGCCAGACUAUCUGUCCAUCUCUUUCACUCUUUCCUUUCUGUGGAGCUCUUACACUGAAACUGUCCACUCUUCUUGUGUUCACGCUCAAUGUCCAGUGUCAAAUAUGUGAAGCCCACGUUCUCACAUCACCUGGCUGGUUGUUGAAAGGGCACAUUUGCUCAUCUUUUAAAAUAUUGCAGUAUAUUUUGUUUUCGGAAGAGCAAAAUGUGGCUGAUGGGAGGAGACAAGCAAAUAUUUGAUGCGCUUCAGUUGGUGGACUAGCAGUACCAAAGCUCAACACCUGGAGGCGAUACACUUACAUAACAACGGCACUGAAGGAAUCAUAGUAGAAGGAAUUAUUGUUGUAGGCAUUUGUUCUACUUCCAGUUCCAAUGGGGGAACAUGUACAUGACUGUUUUCUGGGCCUUAGAUCGGGGCUGUGCUGUAGCAGUAUUUAUGGAGAGAAAUGGCACCAAAAUUACAAAGUGACCUUUUAUGUACUUUUUUGAUGAUUAUGCACUUUUCCUGUGUUCUUUCUGUACAUUUUUUGUUUCUUUCCAGAUGAGUUCUUAACAUUUGUUCACUGUGUUGUCUUAACCAAAUGCAAAGAAUAUACAUGCACAGGUUUCCUAUCUGGGCUUCCUUUCUGAGCACUGAAACAUUUUUCUUUUAAGUGUUAUUAUCAUGAAGAUUUACAGUUGGGCUAUGAUUUAUAGUUUUUUGUUUGUUUGCUUGUUUGAUUUUUUUUUUUUUUUUUUUUUACACUAGUAGAUUUCAUUGUUGAUACAUUCCCACCACUCAGUGACUUUUUUUUUCUUUUUGUGUAAGUUUAAUAAUUCAUUUCUGGGUCCUCUGGAUUUUGUUUUUGACACCCCCCCCCCCCCCCCCCCCCCCCCCAAAAUGUCAUGGGUGUCUGAACUAUGCAUUGUGGGUGUUUAGCAAACCUCAAAACAUUUGCACGUUUCACGUGAUGAGCUUUUUGAGAUUAGAAGAGUGCAAGUGAAGUUGCAUUUUCGCAUUCUGUUGUCACUCCGUGUUGUAUUAGUUUGGCUGAGCUGUUUGGGAAUAAGAACAGCAGAUUAAAUCAGACUUUCUGUGAAUAGACUGUUAAAUGUAUGGUGUUGAUGUUAACCUGUGGAUUUCGAUCAAUGUCAUGAGCAUUGUUAGACUUGGACUUUCAGGUUAAACUGGCUCACUGAUGAAAAGGCACAUUUGUCUAUAAAAUGGGCUCUAUUUUCUCUUAAUUGGAGUGAUCUGUAUUUUUUUUUUCUCUUGUGUCUGAAAUGUCGCAGUUCUCCGUUAAGUUAACAUCUUAAGCAUUCCCUAGUUGUGAAAUUUGGAUUUCAUUGGAAACUGAUUAAAUAUUUCGACAAUGUAAAUAAGAUCUACAAUGAUACCGUUUUUGUAGUUUGAUAAAUCGUAUUGAUCUACAGCGUUUGUAGAUAUGUGUACUUUUGAUAUUAAAAAUGAAGUUCUUAAA